AACAUCGCUAAUUUAUCAUUUGCAUUUCUUACCAGAAAAAAUAAAUAGCCCGCGCACGUAUCCUGGACAGGAGUUAAUUCCAAGUGUAAUUUGUAUUGUAAUUAAUUCUCUGCUAGUGAGUUGAGCUACGCUACGAUAUUCUAGCCUAAUAAACAAGAAUUUACACACAUAUAUACACACACUCACGACGACGCUCCCAAUAGGAACGCGCCAACAGUAAAUACAAAAACAACAAAAAUAACGACAACAACAAGCGGCUUAUCAGAAGCAGUCAUCACACCGAACACAAAUUCUCGCUUGCAGACUCCGCGAUUCUCUGACGUGUCCCAAAUCAACACCCAACACGAAACGCAAACAUUAUAAUGUGUGGCUCUCCGAACACAGCUUCUGGAAAUGGAGCACGAGCUCUCAUCUUGGUAGGUGGUUAUGGAACACGUCUGCGACCUCUUACUCUAAGCACCCCAAAGCCUCUGGUGGAGUUCGCCAACAAGCCCAUACUUCUGCAUCAACUGGAGGCGCUGGUGGACGCGGGUUGCCGUCAGGUUAUACUGGCUGUUAGCUAUAGAGCUGAGCAAAUGGAGCAGGAACUGAAAGUGGAAGCAGAAAAAUUGGGCGUCGAACUAAUCUUCUCGCAUGAAACUGAACCGCUGGGCACCGCAGGACCUUUGGCACUGGCCAAGCCCAUUUUAUCAACCAGUGCGGAACCAUUCUUUGUGCUCAAUUCGGAUGUGAUUUGUGACUUUCCGUUCAAGCAGCUGAUUCAGUUCCAUCGCAAUCAUGGGAAAGAAGGCACCAUAGUGGUGACCAAAGUGGAGGAGCCAUCGAAAUACGGUGUAGUGCUCUACGACGAGCUCGGCUGCAUUAAGAAUUUUAUUGAGAAGCCCCAGGAAUUUGUUAGCAACAAAAUCAAUGCUGGCAUUUACAUAUUCAAUCCAUCAGUGCUGGAACGCAUUGAGGUCAAGCCCACGUCCAUUGAGAAGGAGGUGUUCCCCGACAUGGCGGCGCAGCAACAGCUCUACGCCAUGGAUCUGACGGGUUUCUGGAUGGACAUAGGACAACCCAAAGACUUUCUAACCGGCAUGUGCCUUUAUCUUAGCUCAUUGCGCCAAAAGCAAUCAAGCAAGUUGUAUACGGGAUCAGGCGUGGUAGGCAAUGUGUUGGUGGAUCCCACGGCGAAGAUUGGCAAUGGCUGUCGCAUUGGACCGAAUGUGACGAUUGGACCAGAUGUGGUCAUCGAGGAUGGCGUGUGCAUUAAGCGCUCCACUAUACUAAAGGGCGCCAUUGUGCGCUCCCAUUCGUGGCUGGACUCAUGCAUCGUGGGUUGGCGUUCGACCGUUGGACGUUGGGUGCGCAUCGAGGGCAUCACGGUGCUGGGCGAGGAUGUGAUUGUCAAGGACGAGCUCUAUGUGAAUGGGGGUCAGGUGUUGCCGCAUAAGAGCAUAGCAGCCAGCGUGCCAGAGCCGCAGAUUAUAAUGUGAAUGUGAAUAA